UUCAUUCAAUUUCACUCAUUUCAAACACGAACGUCAACUUUUUGUUGGCAAUUAGAAGUCGUCAGCCAAUCUUCCUACUUUCAGUAGAGAUCCGCUGGUCGGAUUUUGUUUGUGUCGGAAUGCAGUUCGCCUGAAAUUCAAAAUUGUUAUGCAAAACCUCCCAUCGAAAUUGUUGGUCCGAGUCAACUCGACGACGUUAUCCCUUAUAAAUUACCGGCUGUACAGCAGUAAGCAGACUUUAUACGAUGUCCUAAAUUUGAAGCGCAAUUGCUCGGAGCAGGAAAUCCGCAAUGCCUUCUUGAGGCUCUCCAAAGAGAAUCAUCCCGACAUGAAAAGAGCCGCCGGUGGAUCUCGUGCUGAAAACCAGAAAUUCAUUGCUAUCCUUCAAGCCUAUCAAGUUCUGAGCAAGAAAGAUUUGCGAGGGCAAUAUGAUCUGGAUUUGCAAGCGUCAGAGAGGCGAUCAGCUUAUGCAGAUAAGAUAUCAAACGACAUGCGGCAACAAAACCAGUACAUGCGGUAUGGCGACUUCACCCCAACAGCAGACCCCAAUCCAGGACCAUAUUACGGUGUGAAAGGCAUAUCGAAAGUUUCGAAUUGGAACAUUGCAACAAUUCUGUUCGGGAUCGCAAUUGUGGGGGCAGCUCUUCAAUUCUUCUUAAUACGCCACUCUUUUACAUUGCGUAGAGAUGCUUUGGAUGACUUCUCAAAGGAAGCUGGAAAAUCACACGCAAACGUUCGUGCCGAAGCUGAAAAAUAUGGCAACGAGAAGCAGUUAGAACGCUUGGCUGCAAAAUUCCUGCAAGGAGGUAGUCGAUGAUAUUUUUGGUGGCACCGCCCAUAAUUUCUCUAGGACAUUUUCGUAAUAAAUUUGAUAGUAUUGAACAA